CUCCCCUUGCUGUCCCUCUUUGCCAUGGAUGCGUCUCGGCCGGGUGUCAUGCGCUCGCGGCCUUCGCCUUCGCGCUGGCUGGUCCAUUCGGCUCGAUCAUUGCUGGUGGUCCGAGACCAUCCUGAUUCCAGACCAGCACCGCAAGAUCAUGAGUUCUUGGGUAUUAGUAAAACUGGCGUGGCGCGAGAAGGGAAGGACACUUCUGAAGGUCUUCAGCAGAAGCUGGUUGAUUUGGCAGCCGGGGAACCGGAAGCCUGCCUUGCAGUAUUGGGGUUGAUAACAAUUCAUCAGGAGUACUUCUUGCUAGUGGUCAUAGAGGCGGAGCAGAUUGAGCUGGAUGACCAACGAGCCUUCCGAGUGCAAAAGGCCCAAGCCAUCCCUUUCGCUGGCGAAACCAGCAGCGGUGAAGCCAGAGAUGCUCUUGCUGGGGUUCUCACUUUGCUUGAGGAUCAUUUCUACUUCUCUCAUGAUUUCGACAUUACACGCCGGCUUCAACGGAGAGUAACUGUGCAAGCCAGCCAGCUGCAUCACCACGUAUUGUCAGCCGCGGAUCCGCGUUUUGUGUGGAACAGCGGCCUUUGUACAUCUCUUCUGGGUCAGGGCAUUGGAGAAAGAUGGUUCACACCUGUCAUGCAAGGUGCCUGGGGACGUGCUGCGUUUUGGAGUUCAGGGCGGUCAGGGCCACUUGAUUCAUGUUGUGUUUUUUCAGCCCGAGGCCCGGCCCCCCUAUAGCCUAUUUUACUUAUAUAAGGUGCCAGAAUUAAGGGCUAAGUAAGCUACUACCCACUGCACGCAGGACUGGAAGAAGCAGUGCUUCUUCAGGGAAGCUCGGAGCUUUCGACGGUAGAAGCGCUCGCACUUUCGAAAGGUUCGUAGCUUCGGACCAAAGCUGCGCCAACUAUACAGGGACCCAGAAUGACCCAGACCCCUCAAACCAGACAAAGAGCAUGGCAUGUAGGAGCAUGGCAUGUAGGCAUGUCUUCGAUUUUGAUCUUCCACCUCCUUAUUUCGUUUCCAGCUCUUCGAUUUUGAUCUUCCACCUCCUUAUUUCGUUUCCAGCUUCGGGCUACUGGUGAGCCUGGACCUGGAUCUGCAGUUUCAUUUGAGCCUUGCAUUCUACUUUUAUAAAUUCUGCAUCUCUCUACAAUGUCCAUGGUCUAUUAUUGGCAAGAAGUAGUGUCGAAGGUUUUUGCAGCCCAGAGAAGACAUUUCAUAUCAUGUCAUAUUAGCAUCCCCAGCUGCACAGAAUAUGGACAUGGAUCGAAAUGACGCUUUGGGUCAAGACGGCGCAGGAUUUCUUCAAUGUCAAGACUUGCCUGGCCGAGAUGGAAAGAUA